CAAGUUUUUCUCACUUGCCGCUCCAGCCCCACACACGCGGAUGAGAAGGCGAUGAGCAGCCGAUCAGCAAAACAAAAAAAAGGCAAAAUAACCGGUUUAUAGUGACGAGAGGGGCUGGCUGGAUUAUUCAACAAUUAGGGACGCGGGUACGGAUUUUCGCCUUUAAUCACGUUAAUGCCUGAUAUAUCAACAAUAUCAGACACCGGAAAUUGUUGGAUACUGUUUGGAAUCAACAAUAUUUCGAAUCAAUAUUUGAGCAGCCUGAAAGCAGAAUAAUUCGGAUAUUUUGGCAACAGCUCGUUGGCGUCCAUAAAGCUAAAGCAGAGCAUAUUCUGAGCCCAAUGUCUCUUCUCUGGAAGCCCUAGCAUCGGUGUCUUCCUCUCCUGUCAGUGGUGGCGUCCCCUGUAGGAGCAUGUCGGCAGCACAAACUCAGAAGGAUAGCGAGGGUCCCUGGGGACUGGACUCCCUGGGCUUGAGCCAGAGAGAGCUGGUACUGGCUGAAGCCCUACAGAUGGAGUAUGAUGCCCUGUCCAGACUCAAACAGGACAAGGGGGGGGACAGCCACGGGACCAGCAGCCAGGGUGGUGGGAAAGUACCUACGCUACCCCCUUGGGAAGGCCAGAGGCAGGUCGAUCGCCCCCUCCCACCCCGCCCCAGCCUUAGUCCUCCUGGAAGGAGUUUGCUAAGAGGGUUAUCUGGCUCGGACCUCUCCCUCCACCACCUCCAGCCUGGGGGGUCCCACUCCCCACAGCCCUCCCCAGCCAGGGCCAGGGAGCCCAUCUAUAUCCUAGAGAGUCCAGGGAAGGGAGACUACUUGAGUACCAGCUAUGGGGAGUCUGGGUCUAGCUUUGGUUCUUCUCUGACUCUGCCUAAAGGCUUCCCCCCUCCUGAUGACCCUCCUCCUGCUGUACCCCCCAGGACCCCUCUACUCCCCUCUGAGCCCUUCCUGCCCCCCCGACCCACUACGACUCCCCGAGAUGUCAACCUGUUCACCCCUGAGGUGGACCAGCCCAAACUGUCGUCAGGGGAAACGCUAAACUAUGAGAGCCUCAACGACGCUCUCUCCAAGCUCAAUGGGGAUUUGCCAUCUCCAAGGGGUAGGUGGGCCAACGGGGACCAAUCAGGGAAGCCGUUGGCUCGGAGCAAGACCCUCCCCCCUCAGGUGCCCCCCCGCACCUACUUACCUAUCCAGAAGAGCAACAAGAACCAGCACAGAGUGUCGGCCGACCCGGUGUCCCUGGGCACCAGGCUCAAUGGUUUUGGCUAUGAGCUCUUCCAGGUGUCAGAGGAGAGAGACGAGGAGGUGGCCGCUUUCUGCCACAUGCUCGAUGUAUUGCGCUCAGCAUAUCCGUGCAGUGACCAGUCUAAGAACACAGGGUUUGUGUGGUCACCCUCAGUGGGGCCUGAAGAGCUACAACAGGGGUUAGGGGUCAGCGUCAAGGUUACGGUCAUCAGCGACCACUUUAGAGAACCACUCACCUUCACCUGUGACGGGUCGUCUACGGUAGACCUGUUGAUCUACCAGACGUUGUGUUAUGCUAAUGAAGACCUUGAUCACAUUGAUGUCGACCACUACCUCCUCAAAGUCUGCGGUCAGGCCGAGUUCCUACAGAAUUCCCAGACGUUGACAGGGUUGGAGCAUAUCCAGCUGUGUGUGAAGUUUGACUGGGACAUUCGUCUCUUCCUCACUAAGAGAGGCUCUGUCAACACAGAACUGGGCCGCACGGAGGGGGAUGAUGAGACGGCCUCUACGAUGAACCACAGCAUCCUGCUGCAGGAGCGACCAAUCAAACAGACAGUUACUAGGGAGGCUUUGACUCUGCUCCUGGACACCUUUCACAACGAGGCUGAGUCCUUCCUUCUAUCAGAGGUGGAGCUUGUGUUGCACGUGGAACGGCUCGUCCAAUCAGUGAAGGCUCUCUGCAGCUCGCUGGCUGCUGUGGAAACGCCUGACAUCACUUCCGCCCUCAACCAGCUUCCAGCAUGCCCCUGUCGUCUGCAGCCCAGAGUCCAGAAGGAUUCAUCAGUGCUGGCCAUCAGAGAGAACAGAGAGAAAAUGGUGGAGAAGCUGACGGUGGCCAUUUUAGAUCUGGUGGAGCUGUACUGCAGCACAUUCAAUGCUAACUUCCACACCACGGUGCAGAGCAACCGGCACACGGCGCCCACACAGGAAGCAGGCCUGGUCACCAACGUCCUAUCCUUCAGCGUCUACGCUGCUCACCGCAUCCCCAUCACAUGGGCGGCCAGCUAUGAGGGCUUCUUCCUGUCGUGCUCUCUGACCCAUGGAGGAGCAGAGCUUUGUGCCCCCCAGCACACCAGCAAACAGCAGGUCAGCAAGUACCUGUUUCACCUGGUAGUCUGGGACCAGAGGGUGUGCUUCCCAGUGCAGAUCAACCAGUUGCCAAGGGAGACCCAGCUGACAGUGACUCUGUAUGCCAGUGCUCUGCCACCCCCUGGAGGAGUGGAAGAGAAGGGUAGUAAGCAGCGCCGCAGCAUCGAAUCCCUGGGCUGGGUCACCAUGCCCCUCUUCAACUUCAGACACAUCCUGACAUGUGGGAGGAAGCUACUGGGUCUGUGGCCUUCCAACCCAGGAAGUAACGCUCGCUCCAGCUUCCCCAACUUCAGCCAGCCUGACAGCGUCAUCCUGCAGGUGGACUUCCCAACGUCGUCAUUUGAGGUGCUCUUCAGUACCCCCCCUCCUGCAGAGUUCAGUCCCCAGUAUGACUUCUGCAGACUGGACCAGCACAGCCAGAGACAACUACAGGACGUUCUGCACAAGAAGUCACUUUUCUGGUUGACUCCAGAGGACAAGCGUCUGUUGUGGGAGAAGCGUUCGUUCUGCCAGUCAGAGAGUGGUGCCCUGCCCCUGGUGCUGGCUAGUGCCCCCCGCUGGGAGUGGGCAUGUCUGUCCGAUAUCUAUGCCCUGCUCCGCCAGUGGGCAUGUCUCAACCACCACCACGCACUGGGCCUGCUGCAUGCCACGUUCCCUGAUCAGGAGCUGAGGCAUACUGCAGUACAGUGGAUGGACUCUAUCUCUGACCCUGAGCUGCUGGACUUCCUACCACAGCUGGUGCAGGCUCUGAAAUAUGAGUGUUACCUGGACAGCCCGUUGGUGCGUUUCCUGCUACGGAGAGCCAUAGGGGACAUGCGCAUCGCACACUAUCUCUUCUGGUUGUUGAAGGACACUCUGCAGGACAGCCAAUUCAGUGGGAGGUACCAGCACCUGUUAGCAGGCCUGCUGUGCUGUGUGGGUCGGGGUCUCCGAGAGGAGUUUGACAGACAGUGCUGGCUGGUCACCAUCCUGGCUAAAGUAGCCCAACGUGUCCGGGACACCUCUCCCUCCAGCAGACAGGCCAUCCUUCGGGAGGGACUGGAGGAGGUCAGGCAGUUCUUCUCUGUCAGUAGCAGCUGCCGUCUCCCCCUCAACCCUGGCAUGCUGGUCAAAGCCAUCAACAUACAGUUGUGUUCUUACUUCAACUCCAACGCCGUGCCGCUCAAACUGUCCUUCCAGAACCUGGAUCCUCUGGGAGACAACAUCAAUGUCAUCUUCAAGUCAGGUGACGACCUGCGCCAGGACAUGCUGACCCUGCAGAUCAUCCGCAUCAUGAACAAGAUCUGGAUCCAGGAGGGGCUGGACAUGAGGAUGGUGAUCUUCAGAUGUUUUUCUACCGGACGAGGCAGCGGUAUGGUGGAGAUGAUUCCCCAGGCUGAGACUCUGAGGAGGAUCCAGGGGGAACAUGGAGUGACUGGUUCCUUUAAGGACCGAACCCUGGCUGACUGGCUACAGAAACACAACCCCACAGAGGACGAGUAUGAGAAGGCUGUGGAGAACUUUAUCUACUCGUGCGCAGGCUGCUGCGUGGCCACCUACAUCCUGGGUAUCUGUGACCGCCACAAUGACAAUAUCAUGCUAAAGACCAGCGGUCACAUGUUCCACAUCGACUUUGGCAAGUUUUUAGGACAUGCCCAGAUGUUUGGCAACAUCAAACGAGACCGUGCUCCGUUUGCAUUCACCUCUGACAUGGCCUAUGUCAUCAACGGAGGAGAGAAACCUUCCAGUCGUUUCCAUGACUUUGUGGACCUGUGCUGUGAGGCCUACAACCUCAUCCGCAAACACACACACCUCUUCCUCAACCUACUGGGACUGAUGUUGUCGUGUGGCAUUCCUGAGCUGUCAGACCUGGAUGAUCUGAAGUAUGUCUACGACGCCUUGAGACCUCACGAGUCUGAGGCUGACGCUACAAUGUACUUCACCAGGUUGAUAGAGUCCAGUCUGGGCAGUGUUGCAACUAAGUUGAACUUCUUCAUUCAUAACUUGGCCCAGAUGAAGUUUGCCUCAUCUGAGGAGCAUCCUGUCCUCUCCUUUGCCCCUCGGGUUUACACCCUCAAGACUGAUGGACUCAUCUGCAACCUCUUUGUCUGCCGACACAUACGAACGUACAGCUCCAGCAAAGGAUACGCAUUUGUGGUGAAAGUGGAGCGAGAGGGCCAGCAGGGGUCAGUGUUGGUCCAGAGGAGCUUUGAGGAGUUCUAUGAACUACACAGUAAACUACGCCUCGUCUUCCCCUCAUCCAAACUACCCAGUUUCCCCAGCCGUUUUUUGAUUGGGCGUUCUCGAGGAGAGGCGAUGGCUGAUAGGAGGAAAGACGAGCUCAACGGAUACGUCUGGCAUCUGGUGCACGCUGCGCCCGAGGUCGCCCAGUGUGACCUCAUCUACACUUUCUUCCAUCCUCUGCAAAGAGACGAGAAACCUGGAACAGUGGUGAACACACUGCAGAGCAAACCUGCAGAGAUCUGUUGGGCUCCGGUCUCAGGCAAAGUGGUAGGAGAGGUCAAGCUCUCCAUCUCCUACAAGAGUGACAAGCUCUUCAUCAUGGUCAUGCACAUACGAGGCCUGCAACCCUUGCAGGAAGGGACAGACCCUGACCCCUAUGUCAAGCUGUACCUCCUCCCAGACCCCCAGAAAACCAGCAAGAGGAAGACCAAGGCCGCGCGCCGCACUUGCAACCCCACCUACAAUGAGAUGCUGGUGUAUGACCGUAUCCCUCGCGGAGAUCUGCAGCAGAGGGUUAUCCACCUACGGGUACUGGGGGAUGGUGCAUUCUGGGAAAACACCCUGCUGGGCGAGGCCUUCAUCCCCCUGAAGACUCUGACACCUGGACAGUGCUGGGCAGACUGGCACCAACUGGGCACGCCCACCACCGACUCCACACACUGAGUGAGAGAGAGGUGGAGGGUGAGAGAGAGGGCGAGAAAUUACUAAUCAGGUCUGUGUGUGUGCACGCGCAUAGGUCUGUUCAGUUGUGAGAGUUGGUCUGGUUUAAUUCCCCCAAUGGGGGUGUGUGUUGACUCCUAUCAUGCCCAGUGGGUGUGUGUGUUGACUCCUAUCAUGCCCAGUGGGGGUGUGUGUUGACUCCUAUCAUACCCAGUGGGGGUGUGUGUUGACUCAUAUCAUGCCCAGUGGGGGGGUGUGUUGACUCCUAUCAUGCCCAGUGGGGGUGUGUGUUGACUCCUAUCAUGCCCAGUGGGGGUGUGUGUUGACUCCUAUCAUGCCCAGUGGGGGUGUGUGUUGACUCCUAUCAUACCCAGUGGGGGUGUGUGUUGACUCCUAUCAUGCCCAGUGGGGGUGUGUGUUGACUCCUAUCAUGCCCAGUGGGGGUGUGUGUUGACUCCUAUCAUGCCCAGUGGGGGUGUGUGUUGACUCCUAUCAUGCCCAGUGGGGGUGUGUGUUGACUCCUAUCAUGCCCAGUGGGGGUGUGUGUUGACUCCUAUCAUGCCCAGUGGGGGUGUGUGUUGACUCUUAUCAUGCCCAGUGUGUUUGUGU